CUCAGGCGCCAAACUGUUGUGCACGACUCACUGUCAGACUGUAGUGACCUCAGUGCACUGCUGUGAAGGAGAUUUACCUAUUUUAUUAAGUUCCGUGUGUUUUUGGCUCGUCAUUUUGUCACAUUGUCCAGUGGAAUAGAAAUAGUGUCGGUGUGCGUCAAGAGGUGAUGAACGGAUAGCCUUUGAUUACUUCUGGAGUGAACUUGUAUUGCGUGUUCAUGCGGGGACAGUCCAUAUCUAUUUUCGGACGAUGGCAAAGGCAUUCUCCGUCAUGACUUUACAUCUCGUAGGCAUUAUUAUGGGAGUCAGCAGUGUGAUUGCGUUAGAACUCCGGUUCAUGCCUGACCCCCCAACACUGAGCAUCCAGGACAAGGUCCUCAGGAUCAACACAUCAGACUCGUUGGACAUCACCUGCAGUGGCCGUCAGUACCUGGAAUGGACCACAUCCUAUAAUCGCAUCCGUGCCGGCAGUCGUCUCUCCACUGUAGACUGCAGUGGGUCAGGAUUCUUCUGCACCACAUUACACAUUUCCUCGGCCACUGUCAAUGAGACUGGAGAGUAUCGGUGCUCCUAUAGAGACCUGGCUGUGAAGGAUAGCAAAACCUCUGUGGCCGUUUAUGUCCAUGUGCAAGACUUUAAAGUGCCAUUUGUGCCCUCUGACAAGGACUAUGAGGUUGUGUUUAUCAGUGAGGGAGUGCAGGUCAUCAUCCCAUGCCGAGGGUCUGUGGAAGAUCUCAACGUCACGCUACAUACCAAGUUUCCCAAGAAAGAACUCUAUCCGAACGGGAAGGAUAUGUUUUGGGAUAGCAUGAAGGGUUUCUCAGUUCCCAGUCACCUGAUCAGCUAUGCUGGAGUGGUCUUUUGUCAGACACACAUACACAACGAGACCUACAAAUCACCUCUCUACAUUGUUGCUGUUGUUGGAUAUAAGAUCCAUAACCUCACCCUGACGCCGGCACAUGAGAGGCUGUCUGUGGGGGAGAGACUGGUGCUCAACUGCACUGCCAACACAGAGCUCAACGUUGCCAUUGACUUCACCUGGACACACCCUCUCAGCCUGGCCCCAGUGAAUGGCUCUGUGCGGGCCUACACCACGUCACACAAGAAGAAGCUGUGGAACCAUCUAGAGCUUUCCAAUAAACUAAUAGUGGAGAAUGUGACUGUCAACUACACAGGAGAAUACAAAUGCACAGCCUCCAGUGGACAAAUGGUCAAAAGUGCAUCUACAUCUCUCAUGGUCUAUGAAAAGCCUUUUAUUGUUUUCGAUGACCACAAGUGGGUUAAGGUUCUGGGGGUGAACGUUAGCCAGACCACUAAGAUACCAGUCAAGUUCGACGCCUACCCAGAACCUACAGUCAGAUGGUACAAGAAUGGCCAGCUUAUCAGUAAGGAUGACUAUCGAUUUAAACCUGCCAGGGACUCUCUCACAAUCCUUGAAAUUACUGAGAACGAUGCUGGGAAUUACACCGUGGUCUUGACCAAUAAGAUAAGAAAAGAAGAGAAGAGUCGCUCUGUCCAGGUCUUGGUCAAUGUCCGUCCCCAUAUCAUUGAGAAGGGGGUUGCCAUGGACAUGGAUGUCCACAUGUAUGGCAGCAGCCCCACCCUCAGGUGCACCGCCCGUGGAAUCCCCACCCCCACACACAUCCAAUGGCAGUGGAUGUCCAGAGAGGACUGCCCAAUCAUCUUCCAGUCAGGAGUGGUGAACUCUGGGGUCAAGCUGGAGGGCUGUACCAAAUGGAGGGACAUCAGCAAUACCACAGGGCAGGAGAAUCCUAUCGAUCGAAUUAGCACUAACACAGAUCACUUACACAAGACUGUGAGUUCUCUAAAGAUCCAGAAAGCCAAGGUCCACGCCCUCUACAGAUGCUUGACUUCUAACAAAGCAGGACAAGAUUCACGAAACAUCCUUUUCCAUGUGACACGUGGUCUGGAGCUGAGUGUGUCUCCGUCCCAGCAGCCCAUUGAGCAGGACCAGGUGGUUCUGAGGUGUAAGGCAGACAGGCUGUUUUAUGGAAACCUAGCCUGGUUCCGUGUGGGGAAUGUGUCUGACCCAGAGCAGGUCCCAGCCGUGCAGCCCUGUCAGGCACUGUUCCUGUCCCAGGGGCCCCUAUCCCAGGCUGUCCUGUCUGGCCUGCAGGGCACCAACGUCACCCUGGAGCUGCCCCUGACCAACGUGUCUCGGGGGGACCAGGGGGUGUACGCCUGCCAGGUGGAGAACAUCAAGACUGGGGAGAGGACCUGUCUCCUCCGACACCUCACCCUCAGAGCUCUCGAGGCUGCGAGGAUCCUGAACAAUUUGACAGACCAGAGAGUGAACGUCAGUGCGACGACCAUGCUAAUAUGUGAGGUGACCGGGACACCCACCCCGACCGUGAUGUGGACCAAACACAACCAAACAGUGGUGGAGGGCUCAGGUGUGAUUCUGAGCCGAUUGAACCGUACCCUGACCAUCCAGCGUGUGAAGAAGGAGGACAGUGGUCUGUAUACUUGUACUGCCUGUAACAGCCGUGGCUGCGACGCAUCUCAGGCCUACCUAAUCACUGAAGGAACGGAGGAGAAGACUAAUGUGGAGCUGAUUGUUCCAAUUGGCUCUGUGGUCAUCGCCAUGUUCUUCUGGCUACUCAUCGUCUUCGUCAUCCGCAGCAAGAAAAGACCAAAUAAUGGGGAUAUGAAGACAGGUUACCUGUCCAUCAUCCUGGACUCUGAGGACAUGCCCAUGGACGAGCACUGUGAGAGGCUCACAUACGAUGCCAACAAGUGGGAGUUCCCUUGUGACAGGCUGAAGCUAGGGGACCAAUUGGGGCAAGGAGCUUUUGGACAGGUAGUAGAGGCAGCUGCCUUUGGCAUAGAGAAGGCCAGUACCUGCACCACAGUGGCAGUCAAGAUGCUGAAAGAGGGAGCCACCUCCAGUGAGUACCGUGCGCUGAUGUCAGAGCUGAAGAUCCUCAUCCACAUCGGCCACCAUCUCAAUGUGGUCAACCUGCUGGGGGCCUGCACCAAACCAGGGAGUCCAUUGAUGGUGAUUGUGGAGUACUGUAAAAACGGCAACCUUUCCAGCUACUUAAAAAGCAAGCGUGGAGAGUACAGCCCCUUCAAGAGGAGGAGGCCGCGGUCUAAUCAGUUGGAGCGGAUGGGGGAGGACGUGACUGAGGGGGACCUGGGUUUGGGGACCAGCACCCACCUGGAUAUCUGCACUGGGACAGCAGUCUGCUCCAGACUGGGAGAGGAGAGCGCUGUCAGCCACAUAGAGGAGGAGGAUGAGUAUUGUGAGUGGGAGGAGCACCUGACCGUGGAGGACCUGAUCAGCUACAGUUUCCAGGUGGCCAAGGGCAUGGAGUUCCUAUCCUCUCGCAAGUGCAUCCAUCGGGACCUGGCAGCUAGGAACAUCCUGCUCUCAGAGAACAACAUUGUAAAGAUCUGUGACUUUGGUCUGGCCAGAGACGUCUACAAAGAUCCCGACUACGUCCGCAAGGGAGAUGCGCGGCUCCCUCUGAAAUGGAUGGCUCCUGAGACCAUCUUUGACCGGGUCUAUACCACACAGAGUGACGUGUGGUCCUUUGGGGUCCUACUCUGGGAGAUCUUCUCUCUAGGGGCAUCGCCCUACCCUGGUGUUGGUAUUGAUGAGGCCUUCUGCAGGAGGCUGAAGGAAGGGACCAGAAUGAGAGAGCCAGACUACGCCACCACUGAGAUAUAUCAAACCAUGUUGGACUGCUGGCUGGACAAACCCACAGACAGACCAAAUUUCACCGAACUCGUAGAACAUCUGGGAAACCUCCUACAGGCCAGCGCUCAUCAGGAUGGGAAGGACUACAUCCCUCUGACAGCAGUGGAGGUGGAGGGGAACUCACUCAGCCCUGAACCCAGGAACCCCUUCACCAGGAUCAUCAGAGAGGAAACCCCCGACCCCCAGAUACACUACGACAACGCACCCCCGAUCACCCUCGGGCUCUCCCAGCAGAGUGACAGGUGUAAUCAACCACUCAGUGUGAAGACCUUUGACGACAUCCCUGUGGAGCAUAGCAUCAUCAUGAAGGGUCAGACGGACAGCGGUAUGGGCCUAUCACCAGAGGAGAUGAAGAGUCUGGACCAUCAGCCUCACCGCAUGCCCAACUUCAGCCACAUCCGGCGAUGUAAGAGUAAGGAGUCCCUGGCCUCUGAGUCGUCCAAUCAGACGAGUGGGUACCAGUCAGGCUACCACUCAGAUGACACUGACGCCCCCAUUUAUGCUAAUGAGGAGAUGAUCAUGAAGAGAAGCAUUCAGAAGAAGCCGCUGCCGCCCAAAACAGCAGGCAAGUUCAGUGUUGAGGUGCGCUACAGUGCACCCCCUGUUUUUAUUCCCUAAUGGUCACCACCAUCAUCACUAGCACUGUUCCCCUCAAUGCCCACAAAAUUUACCCCUCUCCUUGAGCCUGGUUUUGUACAGUUUACCCUCCCCUUAGGCAGCACACAGAAGGACCCUCGGGUGACCAUCAGGAACAAUCACAUCACAUGUAAUAGUGCCUUAUACAUUUAAUUGUUUAUUCUGUCGAAGUAUUUUCAUAAGAGAUAAAUGUAAUAUAUUCAAUGGGAUUGUUAAAGGUUGUAUGCUGUAGAAAACCCUCUCUCAGGCCCUGGGACACAGAGACACAACUUUGGGACUUCUAAUUCUGUGUGACUUCUAACUGCACCAAGUAAGCGCCCCACCCCCGCUGGAGCCUAAACCCGCUGGUCAUAAACUGGCACUUCACACCUCUGUUGCUAGGCCGGGUUGCCUUAUCACACCGUGGGGUCAGCUAAUCACAGGCAGUUAUUUGGGGUCACAGAUCCCCAAUUCCUGCCUCUUUCUCUUAGUCUUCAGCAGCAGUGGCAGCAUGAGGAGCUCUCUCAAACCUCUACCCUGCACACCAACAGCUGGGCCACAACCCAAGGACCUUUCUACUGCAGACCUAGACUUUCCCAACACACGCUAGUGUUAGUGCAAACCACUUCUACUAGUCCUACCUUGCUACGUUGGUGUGUGUGUGUUAAGUGAGUGCAAUAAAGUGUGUUCUGUACAUCCGUCUCCUACUGGUCAUUACCACGCCUUCAAACAGAGGCGUCGGGAUGAUUGUACCUAUAUUUAACUGGCACCUCUUUCGGAGACCGCCACUACGCGCUCUUUUUCAUCUGUGCUAAUUCAUGUUUGUUAAGACCACUGUUUUUAGCGAGCAUUUGGAAUGCUAUCAUGUUCACACAGAAAAUGGAAGGUCAGUGGAACCUAGCCACAGGGCCACACCCACUUCCUGAGAAGCAAUCUGCCCACUUCCUCUAUUGCAGGAAAUGGCAACUCUAAUUUGAGACAAUUGAAUGAGCAAAUGUUUUCUUUCUUUUUCUGUCAAUUGUGUCUUAUUGGACGAAGCCAGUCUACAUCAUGUGGUUUUAUCAAAUGCAACACCUUUCCAUUUUUGUAAGGAAAGGUUUAUAUCAGAUUAUUUUGCUUUUUCUAGAUUGUUCUUGCCUCUCAAUUGUACAGUUUAUUACAAUUAAUGUUGUCUUUGUUAUAGUUCUUACCUUAUUUUAUUGAAACCAAUAUCUACUUUACUAAACUUGUAAAUGUAACUAGUUUUAUAAAAUAAAUAUAUGUGCGUGCGUGUACAUGCGCAGACCCCUC